AUGGGAAUCUACAACAAACUUCCCGAUGAUCUCCACGAAGUGGAUGUCGUUAUUGCAGGCGGCGGCACGACUGCCUGCGUCGUCGCCUCACGGCUGGCGGCUGCAUACCCUGACCUGUCCAUCCUCAUGGUUGAGGGCGGCCAGAACAAUGCCGACAACCCACUGAUCGCGCAUCCUGCCUAUUUCCUGGCGCACCUUGCACCCGGCAGCACGACCAAUCUCUUCUACAAGACCAACAAGUCUGCCGCCGUGGCAGACCGCGAGCUCAUCCUGCCGUCGGGCGGCGUCCUCGGGGGCGGCUCGUCGACGAAUUUCAUGAUGUACAGCCGGGCGCAGAAGUCCGACUUUGAUGCUUGGGGCGUUCCGGGAUGGUCGGGCAAGGAAAUGUUGUCGUAUAUGAAGAAGGCCGAGACCUACCACGGCAAGGACGAGAAGGGGAUCCAUGGUCAUGAUGGCCCCAUUCACGUCUCCCGCGGCACUUACCAUUCCAAGAGGGUCGAAGACGAAUUUAUCGCUUCGGCGGCUAAGGUAGGCUGGCAUGAAGUUAAGGACGUGCAGGACAUGGAGACCGUGAACGCCGUUGGACGUGCGUACCGCUACAUCUCCCCAGAUGGCAAGCGGCAGGACGCGGCGUCAUGCUAUCUCCACCCACUCUUGAACGACGGCAAGCACCCCAACUUGCAUGUUCUGGUUGAGACCCAGGCGAAGCGGAUCCUGUUCGAGAGCAAUAGGGCCGUCGGCGUUGAGGUCAGGCCCAAUCCUGCCUUCGGCGGCGAUGCCAGUGCCGUCAAGGCGGUCAGGGCCCGCAGACUCGUGGUUGCGUCGUGCGGCGCCUGCGGCACCCCUGCUCUCCUGGAAAGGUCCGGCGUGGGCGAUCCCAAGGUUCUGCAGCGGGCCGGUAUCCCCCUCGUGGCGUCAGCUCCCGGCGUGGGGAACGGGUACGAGGACCAUCACAUGCUUCUGUACCCAUACCACAACUCCCUGGAAGCAACUGACACGCUCGACGCCCUCGUGUACGGCCGCAUGGGAAGUCCGCAGGACCUAAUCUCCCAAGGCCACCCCAUGCUGGGCUGGAACGGGCAAGAGGUGCAGGGCAAAGCCCGGCCGACCGACGCCGAAGCCGCCGCGCUCGGGCCCGAGUUCAAGGCGGCCUGGGACCGCGAGUUCAGAGACCACCCGGAGAAGCCCAUGGUCAUCUUCACCGCGCUCGGCGGGUUCCCUGGCGACCCUAGCCUCGCGCCUGGCGGGCCUGGCAGCCCCGGGCUGGCCGUGUCAACCUUCACCGUCUACCCUUUCUCGCGCGGCCACGUGCACAUCACAGGGCCGGGGCUGGAGGACCCCCUCGAUUUCGAUACCGGCUUCUUUGCCGAUGACGGCGGGCUCGAUGUCAAGAAGCACAUCUGGACGUACAAGAAGCAGCGCGAGAUCAUGCGCCGCAUGCCCUCGUACCGGGGCGAAGUGGCCGCCUGCCACCCGCCCUUUGCGCCAGAUUCCAAGGCUGCGCUCACAAAGCUCGAUGGCCCGCUCCCGUCUGAUGUGCCCGAUAUCGAGUACACGCCCGAGGACGACGCGGUGCUUGAGAAGUGGCUGCGAGCCAACGUCAGCACCACGUGGCAUUCGCUCGGUACCUGCAAGAUGGCGCCGCGCGAGAAGAAUGGCGUCGUGGAUGCCAACCUAUGUGUUUACGGCGUUGAGGGGCUCAAGAUUGCCGACUUGAGCGUCGUGCCGAAGAACGUGGCAGCGAAUACCAACAAUACCGCCUUGGCCAUUGGUGAAAAAGCCGCUGAUAUCUUCAUUAAGGAGCUCGGUCAGGCCUUGGCCGCCUAG